CAGUUGCUCCAUGUACGCAGUGGGUGUCGGAUAUGUUGUUGACAUGGCUGUUCGUCUUCUGGGGAGCUGUCAUAUGCCGGGGAAUACAAACGGAUCAGAUAAGUGUCAGCGAUGCAACAAGCAACUGGUGGGAUGCUCACAGCCGUUGCAGUCUCGAAGAAGGCAACAUGUACACGCCUGGGUCAGAUGACAUUCCACCAGACAUUCUGGGGCGUCUACAGCCCGACACAUAUUACUGGAUAGGCGCCAUGGACUACUUAGCCUGGAUAUGGACAGAAGACGACAGUCCACUGUACAAGUAUGCUGGCUUCCUUCCACUGCACGAUGUGACAUAUACAUGGACAGUGGACUAUCUUGAUAACUCGGUAUGGAAAUGCCAUCUUGAAUGCAGUUUAUACUCUUUAAUGGGCAUGCGGAAAACAUUAGAUUUACACAACAACGAAGUGGAAAAUGUGCGUAUGUGGUGA